AUGCGUCUUCCUGCAGUCACUACCUUAGGGCUGUUUGCGCAAGGUAUUCAUGGAGCAGCGGUCCUGCGCUUUGGAUGCUCGUCCAUAGUUGUCGAGCGCCUUGACCCGCUCGUCAACCCGGGAGUCAAUCCAUCUCCGCAUGUUCACCAGAUCGUCGGAGGCAACGCCUUCGCCGCCAGCAUCGCAACCUCAGAUGUUUCCCAGAUCGCCAACUGCACCACAUGCUCAUUCGUCGAAGACCGAAGCAACUACUGGACGGCAAACAUGUACUUCAAAGCGCGCAACGGCACCUUCAAGCGCGUACCGCAGAUCCCGAACCGCUAUCUCGACGGCGAAGUAGGCGGCAUGACUGUCUACUACACGAUGCCAUACGACAACUCCAAAGCCACUGCCUUCAAGCCCGGUUUCCGCAUGCUCGCCGGCCACGCGGACCAGCGCGCCGCUGGCGGCGUCACAAAGUACAACGCCAUCUGCUUCCGGUGCUACAACGCGGCGAACUUCGGCGGCGACAACCAAGCGCCCUGCAGCGACAGCACCGUCGACAGCGUCACGCUGCCCGCCAAAGCCUGCCCCGGCGGCAUCCGCACCACGAUCAGGUUCCCGACGUGCUGGGACGGGACCAACACCGACAGCCCGGACCACAUGAGCCACGUGUCGUACCCAUCGUCGGGGACGUUUGAAAACAGCGGGCCGUGCCCCAGCACGCACCCGGUGAAGCUGCCGCAGUUGAUGUUCGAGGUGGUGUGGGACACGUCGGCGUUUAAUAACAAGGCGGAUUGGCCGGCGGACGGGAGCCAGCCGUUUGUGUUUAGUCAGGGGGAUGCGACGGGGUAUGGGCAGCAUGGGGACUAUGUGUUUGGCUGGGAGGGCGAUAAGCUGCAACAGGCGCUGGAUGCAGGGUGCUUUGGGGCGUCGUGUAGUAAGCUGAAGACGCAGGCGUUUAGUGAGGCGAAUAAGUGCUCGGUGCCGAAGGCGGUGAAUGAGGAUGUGGAUGGCUGGCUGCAAGCAGUGCCGGGGCAGUCGAUGCCGAUGAAGGCUAGGGAGUUCAUGGCUUGA